AUGCGCUCGGGAUGUUGGCACUCGCAGAUGUCCGACCUUCGUUCAACAUGGUUGAUGACCUGGGUCUUGCUUCUGUCGCUGUGGCUUGCCACGGCCCAGGGCAUGCGGACCGAUCGGGUUAAGGAACUCAGGAGAGAGACAGAGCAUAUGUUCUACCAUGGAUUCGAAAACUACAUCGAACACGCCUUUCCUGAAGACGAACUUCGUCCGCUAUCCUGCCGACCGCUGGUUCGCGACCGAGAAAAUCCCGCGCAUGCAGAGCUCAACGAUGUCCUAGGCAAUUAUUCCCUGACUCUGAUCGACAGUCUAUCCUCCCUAGCGAUUCUCUCAUCAAGUCCCGAGGAAGGCAAGAAAGCUUGGGACUAUUUUCAAAAUGGGGUGAAGGACUUUGUCACACUAUACGGGGAUGGUUCCGACGGCCCUGCAGGCCAGGGUCGAAGAGGAAGGGGGUUCGAUAUGGACAGCAAGGUUCAGGUUUUCGAGACGGUGAUUCGAGGACUAGGUGGUCUACUCAGCGCCCAUCUUUUCGCUGUCGGCGAUCUUCCCAUCAGUGGAUACAGUCCUCCGGAGAUAGAAGCCGACUUUGCCAAAGCUUGGGAUAAGUCUUCUUUCCCAGAAGACGGGCAUGGAAUCCUAUGGGAUAACGGAUUUGUCUACGAUGGUCAACUCCUACGACUUGCCGCCGAUCUAGCGAAUCGUCUUCUUCCGGCUUUCUAUACGGACACGGGUCUCCCUUACCCACGAGUCAACCUGAGAUACGGGGUGCAACGGCAGCCGUACUAUGCAAACUCGCCGCUGAAUGCAGCCCCUACAUGUGACAACACCAGACCGGAACAGUGCCAGAGGCCUCGUCGUUCCUCGGCCCCGGAGACUACGGAAACCUGCAGCGCCGGUGCGGGCAGCCUAGUCCUGGAGUUUACUGUUCUAAGCAGGCUUACUGGUGAUGGCCGAUACGAGGAGCUCGCAAAGCGGGCAUUUUGGGCGGUUUGGGCAAGGAGGAGUGAUAUUGGACUGAUAGGAUCCGGUAUUGAUGCUGAGUCUGGCAGAUGGGUCCAUUCAUACACUGGGAUCGGCGCUGGAAUUGACAGCUUUUUCGAAUAUGCCUUCAAGUCCUACGUCCUGCUCUCUUCGGGGGAACGGCCCCCGGCUAAUACCAGCAGUCCAUGGCAUGUCCUGGACGACCAUUUUCUGCCGCUUUCCGAGUAUGAACACUCGGCGAAUGCCUUUCUCAAUGUAUGGGAGGAGUCGCAUGCCUCAAUCAAACGUCACUUGUAUCGUGGGGAGGGCCAUCAGCACCCACACUUGAUUCAGGGAGAUAUCUUCACUGGGGCGACUCGUGCGUUUUGGAUCGACAGUCUCAGCGCCUUCUAUCCUGGGCUUCUUACUUUGGCGGGGGAAGUGGACGAAGCCAUCGGGAUUCAUCUCCUGACGACAGCCGUCUGGACGCGGUUCUCAGGCCUCCCUGAACGAUGGAACGUUGCCACGGGGGAUAUUGAGCAGGGCCUUGCCUGGUACGGUGGCCGCCCUGAAUUUGUGGAGUCGACAUAUUACCUCUAUCGAGCGACGAAGGACCCUUGGUAUCUGCACGUCGGUGAGAUGGUACUGCGGGAUAUCAAAAGGCGGUGCUGGACCCAAUGCGGCUGGGCUGGCAUUCAAGACGUUCGGAAUGGUGAGCUCAAUGACCGGAUGGAGAGCUUCUUCUUGGGGGAAACCGCCAAAUACAUGUUCUUACUCUACGAUUUUGACCAUCCCCUGAACAAGAUAGACCAGCCAAUUGUCUUCUCUACCGAGGGCCAUCCGCUCCUCAUACCCAAGAACAGCACGGUGCACCGCAGUGAGCACAAGCAGGUGCCAGUCAACGGGAGAAACACAGAAUCGAGAUGCCCAACAGCACCUCUGCCUCCCACCUUGGGGGUCUCAUCCACCGCUGCUCGCCCGGAUGUAUUUCACGCCGCGAAUCUGGCCCGUCUGCAUCUCAUGCCGAGUAGAGGCUUGCCGGAAGGUCCUCUUCUGGAUUAUGCCCAGGACCACCCGAGCGUGUCCGUGUCCGAUUUAUCUUCGCCUACUAACUACACAUUCUUUCCCUGGACGUUGCCUCCCGAAUUGGUCCCGUUCAAUGCGACAAGCUCGCCCAUGACGAUCCGCCCUACACUGGACAUUUCGUUCCCUGCGCUUCCCGGAAUGGUCAUAGGGCCUGGGUCUUUGGAACGGGUCCGGGAUGGCAUCUUCAUCAAAGCUAUCGGGGGGUUGCGGCUGAGUAUGGUCCAGGACGUCCCUGUGCACGGGGAGAUGGGGGUCGCGAACGGAGACGAGUUCCGGGUGCAGGUGAUCGAUAAUGUGCCCCUGGGAAAAGACGAGAAGGUAUAUCUUCUACGGGAGAUCACAUUUGAUGUCCUCGACCCCACUGAUCCGAACUUCACCCGCGUUCGCGACACCGCCAUGAUUGACAUCGUCAUUGACGUUAUCCCAGAGACUAUCCGUCGACGAAAUGAUUCGGAUGAUGGUCAAGAACCAGCUGCACCACAACAUGCAAACGGGGCCAUCGCCCACGGCUCCGGUUCCGUCGACGGCAAAGUCGGCAGCUUAGAUACGUCUACGUCCAGCAUGAAGACCGUCUUGUCGUCGUUAGUGAACACCUUGUCAACCUUACUCCGGGAUGAGGUGCAGGGCCAGACGAGCCUUCCACGGAAGAAAGCAUCUUCAUUGCGACUAUUGCUCCCGGCCGCCAUCUCCACCGGUCUCGGCUCCGCUCCGCUCCCUGAUGUGGAGGACGCGCCAACGGUGUCCAUCACAGGCGACCCGUCCAAGCAGCGACUCACCUGGACCAGCAUCUACUUCGCCGACAAGCUCUGCGACCAGCGCAUCCUGCGUGAAAUCGCACAAAGCCACCAGGUUCUCGUCGUCAAGCGUGGUGGAUGUAACUUCUCGCAGAAGCUGCGCAACAUUGCCGCGUAUCCGCCAUCACGGUAUGCGUUGAAGAUGGUCAUCGUCGUCUCCUAUGACGAAGACCUUGGGGAGCACGCAGGGUCGGACCCAGUGGCGCCUGGCUUGGCUGCUGUCCGCGCAGAACCCUACCUUGCUCGACCCCAUCUGGACGAGACGCAGAUGACAGCUGGAGGCGUCCCACGGCGCCACCUGCUCAGCGUCGUCAUGGUAGGCGGGGGCGAGGAGACGUACGAGCUGCUGCGGCAGGCGACGGCCGUGGGGAUCAAACGCCGGUAUGCAGUACGAUCUCAGGGUGUGCCCAUCAACAAUCUGUAUAUUUUGUGA